AUGCGAGCACAUCCUGAUCGCGGUUGGAGAGGUGCUUUUCCUCCACUGGAAUGGUCUCCAGAAAAGCCUGUUGAUCAGCAGAGAGAUCCGAGUGCACUGCGAAGCCAAUUAGCGCCAACUCUGCGAAAUUUGGCGCAGGAAACUCUAGAAAAGAUAAAGCAGGAUCAAGGUGAGGCUGGCUCUUCAACAGGCAGAAGAAACUUUGAUCUCAAUAUAGAACCACCGAGAGAAUCUAUUUCUGAAUCUUCUUCUCCGCCUAGCCAUGGAGACAGUUUUGAUCUGAAUAAACCCCCCAAAACAGACAAAAGUGGUAACGAUGGAUCAUCCAAAUAG